AUGUCCACCCAACCACCCUCCAACAUUCCCUUCGCCCAAACUCUCCUUUCCCGUGCACACUCUCCAAGCACAGCAGAAUCUCACUACACCGAGCGCGUCCACAAGCGACCUCUCCAUACCCGUGCGACAAGCCCGACACCCUCCGCCCGAGCUCUUCGCCGCCGCGCUCUCACCACCCGCCAUGAAACCGCGCAUGCCCGCCGCAAACUCAAGCCACGACCCCUCUCUGCCGCGAAAAAGCGCGCCCUAGGCCUCACCGAGAUUCCAAAAGCACAGCAAAAAUACGCAGUAUACAAAGGGCUGCACGACCUGUGGUGCGGGUACAUGCGUGAUAUUUUGGGCCUCACGUCCGGAAUGAAGACGUAUGUGACUGCUGCGCAGGUCGGGCAGAUGCUGGGUACGGCUGAUAUGCAUGGCGCGCUUGUUGAGGUCACCCGAAGUCGCUGUGUUAGUCGUGUAGGGAUUAGGGGGAUCGUGGUCAGGGAUACCAAGUUUACGUUUGAGAUAAUCACUGAAAAGGAUACCAUCAAGGCGGUCCCCAAGGAACAUACAAUGUUUAGAUUCGAAGUGCCCUUACAGGAGACUGGAGAGGAAAGAGUUGGGUCCGUGGGGACUGGGGAGGACCAACAGCGGGAACGGUUGAAACCACUGGUUUUUGAGGUGUUGGGGGAGCAGAUUCAGGUCAGAGGUGCAGAGAGGGCGAAUCGCAAGUUCAGGAUGCAUUACCAGUCCGAUGUCUGA